AUGGACCCCAACUUCCUUAAGAACCUCGACUACUUCGCCGUUCCCAACAAUCAAACGAACAGUUCUGUUGAGCAAUCGGCCGAAUCAUCAGCCUCAGGUGCCGCCAGAAAUGCGCCCGAGACUUCCAUGUGGGAGGCCCUAGGGGCCGAUCAAGCGAACUCCGAAUCAACUUCCAAUGGCCCCUCUGGCUCCCUGCCGUCCUUCGCGCAAGCUUCUCCAGUGAGCACCAACUUCGGUUUGGGCUCAAUGCCCGGCCAAAUACCCUAUGGACAAGGUCAACCCAGAAAUGCUUUGCCCACCCGAAUGGCUCAAACAGCUGGUCCAAGACGGAGGGAUGGUCAUGACCGGAAGCGCACGAAGGUUGAUUCCGAGGCUGCAGCGUUAGAAUCUGUUGACUACUGGAUUCAGUUUGAUGAUGAUGAUGAGCAAAAGCUUGGCGGUAGCUUUGAAAUAGAUUUUUCCAAGCGCAGGCACCCAAUCCAGACCUAUCCCAGAGCGCCAGCUGCGAACCGUCUGAACCCUAUGUCUACAACACCUGGCCUUGGUGCUGGAUUGUAUACCAACCCUGUCUUCAAGCCAGAGGACUUUCUCGAUGACACUGCUCUUGAUAACGCCCUAUCUGAUGAUGAGGACGUUCUCGAGUCUAUGAGCCUCGGUGACCAGCUUGGUAAAAUUGAAUCUCAGCCGCCUUCUGAAGUUCCUCCACGAGAGGGUCUUUAUUCAACGCCUUUGAGUUGGGAGAAGCCUGCGCCUGGCUUAAGAAUGAACCCUCUUUUUGGGAUGGGUGCGAUGGGCGGCAUGGGCACACCCAUGCUUGACCCGGAACAGCGACGACUGUUGGCCAUUGCUCUGAAUACUGGCCGAUCAUCAACUAGUAUAGCUUCCGGGAUGGGUUUCGGAGUUGGGGCAGAUCUAGGACCGGAAUUUUCGAGUUUAGAAAACUUCGACGCGAGUAUGGCGACGACAAGCAUGAGUGAACUUACAAGAGGCCCAGAGCAAUCAAGUCUCCAGAACAAGGGAAAGGAGAAGGAGAAGGCCUCAACCGAAAAGGACUCCCAAUCCCAACGACCGCAAGUGUCGCGAACCACCACUGCCGGAACUGGAGCAUCUGAAAAGUCUAAGGACAAGCUGAAGGCGGGCGAUCGAACGGCCCAUAACGACAUUGAAAGGAAGUAUCGUACCAAUCUCAAGGACAAGAUUUCUGAGUUACGUGAUGCAGUGCCAUCACUCAGAUCAAUACCUGAGGAGGGAGGCGAAGAUGUUGAGGUAGACAGUCAGUCGCAGCGUGGUCCCAAAGUGAGCAAGGGCACUGUUCUCACGAAAGCGACUGAGUACAUCCACUACCUCGAACGAAGAAACAAAGCUAUUAUGCGUGAGCAUCAAGAGCUUGCAAGGCGACUGCAAGCCUUCGAGCAACUUCUAAGCGCAACGGCACGGCAACCCUUCCCAAUGCCCAACUACAGCAGAACUCUAUUCGACCCGAGAGGCUUCUGUUAA